AUGAGAGUAACAACAACAAACAGAACAUCUAAACUUCAAACAGCAACGAGAGCUAAAACAUCAUCAACAACUAUACUUAAUGAACAAACAGGCCAUUUACAAAAUGGAACAACGAUUGUUUCACCAACAUCAUCAAAUAAUGGUACACUACGUUUAAUUGAUUCAGGUGAUUAUAUAUCAACUGCUGUAUCACCACCCCAACAACAACCGGUAACAACAUCAACAAUGCUUCAAUAUUUACAACCAUCAUCAAAUGCAAUACAAAAUAUGCUUAUUCAACAAAUACUAACAAGUCCUGAACAGCAACGUCUUCUUGUUGAAAAAAUCAACCAACAAUUAAGUGAACAAAUUCAACUUAAUCUUGUUCAAACACCGCCACCACCACCAACCACAACAACAUCAAAUUCUGACGUUAUUAAACAAAUUCAAAAUCAAUUAGCUAAUCAACAACUUCUGCUUCAACAAGUUACCUCUAAACAACAACAACAACAACAACAGCAGCAACAACAAAUUCCUAGUUUAUUCAGUAUUACAAAUUCAAAUAAUUCUAAUCAACCAACAACAGCUACUGUUCAAUAUUUAACAACAACACCAAGUAAUUCAUCGACUGCUGGUUUAAAUCUACUCGGAACAAAUCCUAAUACAUCAACUGAAACUCGUAUUAUAAUGCCGACAGCAACAACAACAACAAUAAAUCGUUCUGUACAACAAGAUUUAUCUAAUAAUCCAUUAUAUCAACGAAAUUAUUGUCGGUGGCCAAGUUGUGAUACAUUAUGUUCGUCAUUAAUUGAUUUUAAUCGACAUCUUAAUGAUGAACAUUCACUUGAUGAUCGUUCUGUUGCUCAAGCACGUGUACAACAACAUGUUGUACAACAAUUAGAAGCAUUAUUAACACGUGAACGAGAAAUUCUUCAAUCUAUGAUGAAACAUUUACAUGGAGGAAAUUCACAAAUUAAUUCAAAUGGUGCAUCAACAUCAAAUUCCACAGCAACAACAGCACAUAUUAUAACACAUCAACCAUCACGUACAUUAGCAUCAUAUCAUAAUAAUCGUUCAGCGCAAUUAUCAUCACCAACAUCAUCGACACUUCAUCAUUUACCUAUUGUUAAAUUAGAAAAUGCAUUUUUAACAUCAGCUGGUCUAGUUAAAACAACAACACCACAAGAUCUAUCAUCAGUAAAUAAUGCAACAACAUCAACAAUUUUACGUGCAAGUGCAUCAAGUUCACCACCACCUGUUCAUACAGUUGAAGAAGAAGUUGGAGAUGAUACACAAGAAGAUGAUGAUGAAGAGGAUGAUGAUGAUGAUGAUAUGGUUGAUACAAAUGGUAAUACAUCAACACCAUCGAGAUCAAAUGGAAAUAAUUUAUCAAUUGUUUCAAUGGGUUCAGUUGGCAAACAUCAAUUGAGUAGAAAAGCAAAAGGAAUGUUGGCGUUAGGUGGAAAAAGAGCGGGAAAAGGAAAAGAAUUAAAGAAUCGAGACUAUUAUAUGACACACGACGUGCGACCACCAUUUACAUAUGCAACAUUAAUUCGUCAAGCAAUUAUAGAAUCUCCGGAUAAUCAAUUAACAUUAAAUGAAGUCUAUAAAUGGUUUGAAGCACAAUUUCUUUAUUUUCGUAAAAAUGCUCAAACAUGGAAGAAUGCUGUACGACAUAAUUUAUCGUUACAUAAAUGUUUUAUGCGUGUGGAGAAUAUAAAAGGUGCAGUAUGGACUGUAGAUGAAAAUGAAUUUUGUAAAAGACGUUUAACACGUGGUGCAGAAAAAGGAAAUCAUCAUAAUGAAUCAUCAUCAUCGUAUGGUCAUAAUACAUCUACUGGAGAUGAUCAAGCAUUGUAUUCCUAUCCAUUUGGUAUGGAAGAUGAUUAUAAAGAUUUCAAAGGUCUUCUAAAUUCACAUAAUGUCGAAGAUGAUGAUGAUGAUGAUAAUUCCAAUAGUGUUAAUGAAAAUAAUGGUUCACAUAAUGAUCAAUCAAGAGGUAUUAAUCAUAAUCAAUAUGAUCAGACUGAUGAUGAUGAUGGGCAAAAUGAUAUAAGUCUAACACAUGGAGAUGAUGAACAAGUUGAUGAAUAA